UAGCAGCCAGGGUUCAUCUUUUUUUCUCCCUGCCGACCCCUCGCUUUGGCUUUUGGCCACGAAAAUGCCUUUCGAGUCUGCCCCCAGUUCAAGCUCGUGAAAGAAGAGGAAGAAGAGAGGGGCGAGCCAAAGCCCUCCCUUCCCCCUUGGUCCCAUUGAGGGCAGCAAUGUUGGGCAUGUACGUGCCGGACAGGUUUGCCCUGAAGUCAUCUCAAAUUCAAGACGGGAUGGGACUCUUUACCGCCCGGAGAGUGAAAAAGGGUGAAAAAUUUGGACCGUUUGCAGGAGAGAAGCGAAUGCCUCAGGAGGUGGAUGAGAGCACAGACUGCAGGCUGAUGUGGGAGGUGCGUGGCAAUAAAGGUGAAGUGCUUUAUAUCCUGGAUGCCAGCAAUCCAAGGCAUUCUAAUUGGCUGCGUUUUGUACAUGAAGCACCAUCUCAGGAACAGAAAAACUUGGCUGCUAUCCAGGAAGGAGAGAACAUUUUCUAUCUAGCUGUUGAGGAUAUUGAAACAGACACAGAACUAUUGAUUGGCUACCUUGACAGUGACAUGGAAGAAGUAGAAGAAGAGGAGGAAGAACUAAUUAUUAACCAAGAAGAAGAUGAAAGCAAUAACAACAAUAAUAGCAGCCAUAAGGAGGUGCAACAAAGUAAUGAAAAAGACUCUCUCAGCUGUAAAAAGGACCAUGCCUGUCCCAAUUGUGAGUCCAGUUUUGCCAGUCAGGAAAUCUUAGCUGAACACCUUCAGACAUUACACCAAAAACCCAGUGAAGAAAAGGAAUUCAAAUGCAGAAAUUGCGGGAAGAAAUUCCCUGUUAAGCAAGCUUUGCAGAGGCAUGUUCUUCAGUGCACAGAGAAUCUCAACAUGGGGGAUCGUUUGAGAAGUUUUCAGUGUUCUGUUUGCAACACACCUUUCGGCUCAGAAUUGAGCUACGAGCAGCACAAAGAAGCAUGCCGAGGGGAUGCCAGAUUCAUAUGUAAGGCUGAGAGCUGUGGGAAGAGGUUCAAGAGUAAGGAUGCCUUGAAGAAGCACAAGGAAAAUGUUCACACUGGAAACUCAAGGAAAAGGCUGGUGUGCUCCCUGUGCAAUAAGAGAUGUUCUUCAGCAACAAAUCUUCAAGAGCAUCGAAAGGUUCAUGAGAUCUUUGAGUGUCAAGAAUGUGACAAGAAAUUUAUUUCAGCCAACCAGCUAAAACGCCAUAUGAUAACUCAUUCAGAAAAACGCCCCUACACCUGCGAGGUUUGCAAUAAGUCCUUCAAACGGCUUGAUCAAGUGACUGCACACAAAAUAAUACACAGUGAAGAUAAGCCCUAUAAAUGCAAGCUUUGUGGAAAGGGAUUUGCCCACAGAAAUGUUUACAAGAAUCACAAGAAGACCCAUUCUGAAGAGAGGCCAUUUCAAUGUGAGGAAUGCAAAGCGCUGUUCCGAACCCCCUUCUCUCUUCAGAGACACCUUCUGAUACAUAACAGUGAAAGAACCUUUAAAUGUGAUCACUGUGAUGCUACAUUCAAAAGGAAGGAUACACUGAAUGUUCACAUACAAGUGGUUCAUGAUGGUCACAAGAAAUAUAAAUGUGACUUAUGCGACAAAGCCUUUGUAACACCCUCUGUGCUUAAGAGCCAUAAAAAAACUCAUACAGGUGAAAAAGAGAAAAUUUGUCCGUAUUGUGGACAGAAGUUUGCAAGCAACGGAACACUGAGAGUACAUAUUCGAAGUCAUACAGGUGAACGGCCUUACCAGUGUCCUUACUGUGACAAAGCUUUCAGCAAGAAUGAUGGAUUGAAAAUGCACAUUCGCACCCACACAAGGGAAAAGCCUUACCAGUGUUCUGAGUGCAACAAGGCCUUCAGUCAAAAACGUGGUCUGGAUGAGCACAUGAGGACCCACACAGGCGAGAAACCAUUCCAGUGUGAUGUUUGCGACUUGUCGUUCAGCCUGAAGAAAAUGCUGAUCCGGCACAAGCUGACUCACAACCCCAACCGCCCCAUGGCUGAAUGCCAGCUGUGCCACAAAAAGUUCACAAGAAAUGACUACCUCAAAGUACACAUGGAAAAUGUCCAUGGAGAAACAGACAGCUGAUUUGGGCUUCCAUGAGAGAGGGUGUCCAGUGUUCACUCCAGAAUUAUCACCUGAUGAGUGAACACAAGACUGGGGGGGGGAGGGGAGAGAGAACUUGAAUUUGUUCACAUAAUUGCUUU